AUGUGUAUCUGUCUAUCUCUCUCUGUGUCUAUCUAUCUCUCUCUGUGUCUAUCUAUCUCUCUCUGUGUCUAUCUAUCUCUCUCUGUGUCUAUCUAUCUCUCUCUGUGUCUAUCUAUCUCUCUCUGCAUGUCUAUCUAUCUCUCUCUGCAUGUCUAUCUAUCUCUCUCUGCAUGUCUAUCUAUCUCUCUCUGCAUGUCUAUCUAUCUCUCUCUGCAUGUCUAUCUAUCUCUCUCUGCAUGUCUAUCUAUCUCUCUCUGCAUGUCUAUCUAUCUCUCUCUGCAUGUCUAUCUAUCUCUCUCUGCAUGUCUAUCUAUCUAUCUAUCUCUGUGUCUAUCUAUCUAUCUGUCUAUCUCUGUGUCUAUCUAUCUAUCUAUCUCUGCAUGUCUAUCUCUGCAUGUCUAUCUAUCUAUCUAUCUCUGCAUGUCUAUCUCUGCAUGUCUAUCUAUCUAUCUAUCUAUCUCUGCAUGUCUAUUUCUGUGUCUAUCUCUCUAUCACUGUAUAGUGUUCAGAUUUUUUUGA